UAACGACAGGAGGCAGGCAGACAGCAAGCCGAAGCCGGGUCUGAGGUUGGCUACCCAGUGAAUGCAGAAAACACACCAUACACUCGCUUGAGGCUGAGGGACGAAUGAGAUUAUCAUCGACCGCUGCCCACUGAACGCACAGGGAGACCACACCGUCUUUCUCUUGACCACGCUCACAAGAAUACCCAGAUGGACAACAGAACCACCUCAGAAGACAAACCUGUGCAGCGCUCCAAGUCUUUCAGCUUUAAGACGCAGAAGGAGGUGUGUGCAUCAUGUGAGAAGACGGUCUACCCGAUGGAGAGACUGGUAGCCAACAACCAGAUCUUCCACAACACCUGCUUCACAUGCAAACACUGCAACACCAAACUCAGCCUGGGCACGUAUGCGGCCCUGGCAGGAGAGUUCUACUGCAAGCCCCACUUCCAGCAGCUGUUCAAGGCAAAAGGGAACUACGACGAGGGCUUCGGACGCAAGCAGCACAAGGAGCUGUGGCAGUCGAAAGAUGCCGAGAGCGUCUAACCCAAAACAGCCUGACCCAGCCUCACCGUAACCCAAACCCAAACCAUGACCUCACCUGACCCAACCUGGUCUUGUCAUGAACCCCACCCCACCCCACCCCAUACUCAGACCCCGCCAUACCCUGCCUCAGCCCAGCCGUGACAAAUCACCAGCCCUACAUACAUCCUUGACACCAUAGUCCACACACACACACACACACACACACACACACACACACACACACACACACACACACACACACACACA